AUUCUGAGCUACUUCUAAUAUGCACUUACUAGUAAUAAUUGAAACAAUUGCUUAAAAUUUUUGUUGCCAAAAUCAACAAAGGGUAAUCCUACUAACCUGCCUGCCUUCCGAUAUUCUUCUGGAUCAGGGAUCUAUGCUCGUAGUGAUUGCGUUUCUGGACGGAGCCGGAAGUUGCGAAAACUUGUGUUUGGUAUGUGUCUUCCAGUCUUCGCACCAAAACAUAAUCCCGAACGGACUUAUGAAGUUGAAGAACUUUGACGGUCUUAAUUUCUCGAGUGUUGCGCAAGAGAUGUCUUCUUUAAAACGAUUGACGUUCGUAACUGGGAAUCCUCGCAAGCUGGAGGAAUUUAAGGCCAUUCUCGGUACCGCGAUACAGGAGCAUUUCUCCAUUGUUUCCCAAAGUAUUGACCUGCCGGAGUAUCAGGGCGCCUGUCCCGAAGAGAUCUCCACGAAGAAAUGCGAGACGGCAGCCGCGCUGAUCAAAGGACCGGUGAUCUGCGAAGACACGUGCCUGUGUUUCAACGCUAUGGGAGGCCUGCCCGGGCCCUACAUCAAAUGGUUUCUGGACAAACUCCAUCCGGAGGGCCUGCACAAGAUGCUGGAUAGCUUCGGGGACUACUCCGCGUAUGCGCUGUGCACGUUCGCGUACUGCGAAGGGGAAGGACGCGAAGUGCGUUUGUUUUCCGGACGACAGGACGGACAGAUUGUGGCGCCACGAGGCCCGCGCCACUUCGGAUGGGAUCCCUGCUUCCAGCCGGACGGCUUCUCAGAGACGUAUGCUGAAAUGGACAAAGCCGUGAAGAACUCCGUUUCGCACCGCGGCAAGGCUUUGGAGAAGCUGAAAGCGUAUUUGAUGAGUGGUGCAGCUGUGUGAUCGUUGUGUACGUGGUUGUUCCUUUUGACGCUUUCCACUUUUGUUGUUAUGCGGCUGAAUUUCGAUUUACUCCUUCAAGGAGCUACAUAGAUGUGGAUUAAGCUGCGAUGCUAUAAAUGAUUACGAUUCGGUUUCGUUUUUUAGUCAAUAAAGCACUUGAACGAUGAAUAAUCAAAAAUUGUUACGUAUCUCAUACAGUAUUUGGCUAUUUGCGAUUUAAAAUAAAAUUUCAUGUCUAUGAAUUUUAUUUAUU